AUGUGGACUUUAUUGACCGGAUUCUAUCAAUAUUUAACACAAAAGGAUGAUUAUUACAUCCUGAUUGUGGGCCUUGAUAAUGCGGGUAAGACGACUUACCUUGAACAAACCAAAACGAAAUAUUGUCCAAAUUACAAAAUGAUGAAUCCAUCAAAAAUAACAACGACUGUUGGCUGUAAUAUAGGCACGAUUGAUAUCGGUAACAUUCGCUUAAAUUUUUGGGAUUUAGGUGGUCAAGAAGAGUUACAAUCGCUAUGGGAUAAGUACUAUGCCGAUUGUCAUGGCAUUAUCUAUAUCAUUGAUAGUGCGGAUCGUGAACGUCUGGAAGAGUCAUGGCUAAUAUUCGAUAAAAUGAUUCAAUCCGAACAGUUAACCAAUGUUCCAUUAUUAGUUUCGUGUAACAAGCAAGAUAUCGAACAAUGUAUGACUGUUCCAGAAAUCAAACGAACAUUUAAUCGCUCAACAGCGAAAAUUGGUGUACGUGAUUGUAUGGUUUUAGCUUGUUCGGCUCUGUCAGGUGAUGGAAUCAACGAAUCAAUCAAUUGGAUGAAAGAUUGCAUUGUUCGAAAUUCCAUGAUGCGGCCACCGAAACGGCAAGAUAUUGCAUAG